AGGAGUCUACUCCUCCUGUACAAUCAACUCCAAGACAAAGCCUACGGGACACACCCAAACCAAGGAGACUGCGUUUACGCAAAAUGCAGAGAACAGAGAUGACUUCGUCAAGUUCGAGUGACACCGAUUUCGAUGACAAGUCCGGGAGUGAGUACAUUCCAACUCCGCUUCGACUCCCACAAAGGCGUCCCAGCCCUGUCAAAGAGGCCAAAACUCUCACUCCCUACUCCGUCCCACACCAUUGCCUUUUUGUCGACACCAGACAACUUGAACACUUUGUUGAACAAUUGAACGACACUAUGGGGUGUAAAACAGCCGGAUGUCAAGGGAAACUUGUUGUUCGUGAUGUAACGACUCGUGGUAUGGGAGGAACAGCUACUGUCGUAUGUAUGUGCACUGGAUGCCGAACCAUGUUGGAAUUUCCGACUUCAUCCAGAAACACCACACUUGCCAAAAAUGACAUCAAGUUGGCAGCACAGGUGGCAUUCCUCGCUGCAGGGUGCACAUACGAAACGUACGCCAAGGUGCUCAAACACGUUUUAGGAAUUAAGGUGGUGAGCCAUUCCGAAUUCAUAAAAACUAUCGGAACUCUACACCCCAUUGUCGAGAAGAUGGUAAACGAACUGUGUGAAGGAGAGAAGAACCGUAUGAAAGAUAUGAACGAUGAUGAGCUGGGGUCGUGGAAACGCGCCGUAACAUGUGCAGAUGGCGUCUGGAUGACUCGGGGGUUCCACAGCCAGAAUGCCACGUACUCCAUACGGAAUUACUUCACUGGUGCACUCCUCUACUACUUACACAUCUGUCAGAAAGGUAGUGACAAAAUCAUUGAUGAAGAGCUGUACAAAGGACCGUCUAAAUCUGCGGAGGGGUACGCGGCACGAGUGCUAGUAAAGAAGGCAAAGGAGGAAGGAAUGAACAUCGAGAUCCACUGGCAGGAUGCAGACUCUUCAUCGAGUAAACCUUUAAAAGAGAUUUUCCCAGGCGCCACAGUGAUGAUCUGCGGAGGACACGCCGGCAGAGCUCACCUCCACCAACUGCAGAUCCUCUCAAAGAGCAAAAUUUUGACAAACUCGUACAAAAAUAAACACAAAGAUGAUUUCCCGGAAGUAAACACUGUGAUUUGUUGUUGCAAAAGACACCAUGUGGGAUGCGGAUGCAUGACGGACGCUUUCUGCCAAAGGGCGCGAAACAACUUCUCUAAAAUUUUCUCGAGCAGUGACUCACCCCAAGAAUUUUCUGAGCGCUUGCUAAACAUGGUACACCACGUGCAGGGUGUUCACAAAUGGGAAGGAGGGCAAUGCCAAUUCCACGCGCUGAGAGUAUGCAGCUGUAAUAAAUGCCCAGACAAGAGCCCGCCUCAGUGCGAAGGUAAAGACUACACAACAAGAGAGGCACUGACUUGCCCUCUCCACUUGCUGGUGUACAAAAUUGAGUGCCACGUUAGGGCCCAAAUGGCCUCCAAGCUAAUCCACCCAAUUUUGAAGCGUGGCCACUCUAACUGGUUGGAAAGCUCGCACAAUGUCAUUAUGCGGUUCAGGAACAAGCACAUACAUCUAGAACGGCUACACUACCACGUCUCCACUAACCUAGGUCUGCUGCAAGCCAACAUGACGCAGGAAGGCAACCAACAAGGCCUAAAAUACCAUUGGAAGACGGACCUCCUCCAGCGAUUGGGUCUUCCUAUAUAUGAUGGUGUGUUGGAAUACCUUGAGAGUCACAACCGUACCAGAAUGAAGGGACUCGCCAGGGUGAAAACAGCAAAAGGCAAGAAGAGGAGGGUGGAGCUGAAAACACUGAGAACACAAAACGCCAAAAAGAGAGUGUUGUGGACCGGGAAACACGGACGGGACACCUACGGCGAGGAGGACAAGAGAGAGGACAUUAAACCGGCCCCCAAAAAGUCCAAGAACACUGCGGCCUCAAAAAAGUCCAAGAGCACUGUUACUGAAAAUGACAACCUGACCGUCGCACCAGCACCCCCACCUGACCUCCCAGACAAGGAUACUGUGCACCCAAUAAAAUCCGAAGAUACUGUGGUCCCAAAAAAGUCCAAGAAGAACAGAGACACGGCGGCCUCAAAAAAGUCCACGAAGAACAAAGACACUGCGGCCUCAAAAAAGUCCAAGAGGACUGUUACUGAAAAUGACAACCUGACCAUCACACCAGCCGUGGACCCAGACAAGAACCUGGUUUGUAACUGCGGAGCCAGUUUCAACAGAGGACACAAAAGGACAUGUCCUUUAAGCUCCAGGACACGCUACACUAGGAAACCAAGUCUAAAGCGUGGCGAUUAUGUGUGCAUACAUCAUAAGAUGAAAGACAUGCACAUGUGCUGCCGCAUAGUCGAUCACACGCCCGGAUCUAUAGCCACCAUGUACAGCUUAUGCUGUAUAGCUGGUGUGCUAGAGGGCAUGCAAUCAGAAACAGAGGUGACUAUAUCCGCACCAACAACUCCCCCAAUUUCUACAAAAAGGUGGCGGAACAAAGGUAGAAUAACGCUUAACAUCAGAUGGGGCCACUUCCUGUUUAGCAGCAUAAUUGUGGUCAAAUGCAAGGCCAGGUAUAAGGAUCAUGUGUUGCACAUAAUGCGCAUAAUACAAUCAUUGUGCAUGCACUAUAGCUACUGCUAGCUCUAUCACAAGCAUAAACAUAUUCAUUUGUCAGCUGCAAAGUCUUCCCUCCCUUCCCACCCUUAUAUAUAGCAUGGUUUGAAAAUGUUGUUAUUUACGCUUAUUUUGUAUAUUUACCAUACUUCUCCGCCUUCGGGCGUGAUCGCUGUCGGGGCAUUGCACCACUCUCUCACACUUAUGGGAGCUUAAGCUUCACUCCCCCAGAUUAUAGUAUAGGUAAUUACUAAGCAUAAUUAUAAUAAAAACUAUAAUGAAUGUGGUGUG